UUUGGUUUAUAAACAGAAGUUUAAAAUCAUAAUUAUUGUUUAACAUUCAACUUUGUUGGUUCACCUUCAUCUUUUUUUUUUUAAUAGUUUGUUGGGCUAUCUUUUCAUAGCCAUCAAUGUCUGAAGAAGUUACUUAUGCAGAUCUAAAAUUUCAGGACUCCAGUAAAGGGGAAAAUAUCCACGAGUUUGACACAGUUGGGACAAAAGCACCACCUGCUCCUUCCCAUGGAUGGUGUCAGAGAGUCUUGGCUCUUCUAUGCCUUCUGCUGCUGAUUGGACUAGGAGUCUUAGGAAGCAUAUUUUACACAACUUUGAAGAUAGAAAUGGGAAAAUUGAAUAAACUACAAAAUUUCAAAGAAGAACUUCAGAGAAAUGUUUCUCUACAACUAAUGAGUAACAUGAAUAGUUCCAAGAUGAUCAGGAACCUAUCUGUCACACUGCAAGUAACAGCCACCAAAUUAUGUCAUGAGCUCUACAAAAGAGAACCAGAGCACAAAUGUAAACCUUGUCCAAAGACAUGGAUGUGGCAUGAGGACAGCUGCUAUAUACUAAAGAACAGUUAUGAAACAUGGCAAGAGAGUGUCAUGUUCUGUUCUGCUCAAAAUGCCAGCCUGUUGACAAUUAAGAAUAAAAGCGUAUUGGAAUUUAUAAAAUCCAAGAGGUUACGUAAUUACUGGCUGGGAUUAUCUCCCAAGUAUGACAGAGAUGACCAGAAACUGGAUGAAACGAUUAUCUCCUCCAACUGGUUUAUAAGAAACACAAAUGAUGUAAAUGAUAGCAUGUAUUGUGGAUAUAUGGACAUAACACAUGUUUACUAUACAGAAUGCACUACCAAACUGCGUAUCAUAUGUAAGAAGCUGGCUGAUCCAGUUAAGAUUGAGAGCAUGCUAAUGAAUGAAAUAAGUGAAAAAUAUAGUUAGCAUUUCACUAUUAUCCUGUCAUUAGAGCAACUUUUGGGAGCAUAUACCUUGAGGACCAUGCAAAGGGAAUAAAGAUGCUAUGAGAUUAAA